CAUAUUAUUGUAGGUUGCAUGAAUUUGAUGAACAAGUGAGUGCCGUUCGUGAAGGUAUGUCUAAAGUUGUUCCGGUUCCACUGUUAUCACUCUUCACUGGUUCUGAGCUAGAAACUAUGGUAUGUGGGAGUCCAGAUAUUCCAAUCCAACUUUUGAAGGCAGUUGCUACUUAUAAAGGUAUUGAACCUGAUGCUCCUUUAGUUCAGUGGUUUUGGGAAGUAAUGGAAGAAUUCAACAACCCGGAGAGAUCUCUAUUUCUUAGAUUUGUUUGGGGGCGUACACGACUGCCCCGCACAAUUGCUGAUUUUCGAGGCAGGGAUUUUGUGUUACAGGUUAUGGAAAAAUACAGUCCUCCAGAUCAUUUCCUUCCUGAAAGUUAUACAUGCUUUUUUCUGCUGAAAAUGCCACGUUAUUCAUGCAAGAUUGUUCUCAAAGAAAAACUAAAGUAUGCAAUACAUUUCUGCAAAUCCAUUGAUACAGAUGAUUAUGCACGAGUUGCACUUAAUCAGUCAGACAGAGAACAUGGACUGGGAAUUAGUCCUUACAUGGAUAUAGACACUUACAGUGAUGAUGAUAUAGACAGUGCUGGAUCAGAUGACCCCAUAGCUGAUUCUGUGUCAUUUCCAUCACAAUGAAAGAUUCAUCGUUAUAUAUAAAAGACUCAUCAGCUAUUUAAUUUUUCUUAUUUUUUAAUCACUGGGAUAAAUAUUCAACCAAAUCAGAGCUGGGCAAAAUUCUCAAUUUUUUUUUUUUUUUUUCCCCUUCAAAAACACGUAAAUUAUAUUUUCAAUAAAUGUUCAGAUUUACAAAAUUAUAUUCUGUGUUUUGAAAGUACAUCUGUAAAAAGCAAAAUAUAGGUUUCAUUCUCAAUGAUGAGCAUUUAUUUAAUUAUUUGUUACAUAUAUUGUGAAAUUUUGUUAAAACGUAAAUAUGGGUAUAUAAUGUAUAAAUAAUUUUUAAGUUAUAUGUAUUAUAUAAUAAGUGAAAUUUUUACGAACACCAAAUACGUACAUAUUGUUUAUUGUUUCCAAUACAGUGCACAAAUUUUGCAAGUUAGUAGUUAUUUAUCAAUUUUAUUUUUGUAUGUGUUUUAUUUGCACUUCCUGUAUCGGCAGCUAAAAUAUGAUAUAUUUCUAUACUAGUCUUCUGAUCUAGUAUCCAUUUGUUUGCAUCAAACAGUGAAUUUUUGAGUCAAAUUGUUUCAUUUGCAUUGGCCUACAAUAUAAUGAUUGCUUGUUUUAAUUCAAUUAGUAAAUUACAUUGUUUAUUUCGUUUUCACAAAAUGGAAAAAAAAUUAUUUUAAAUUAUUGUUAGUUAUCAUGGUGAAUUUGUUUAUUAAAGUAUUAGUGAUGUUUCUCAUUGAGAAUUUCAGUAAAUUGUACAAUUUUGAUGCUAAUUUUCUGCAAAUACUUUUACUUUUUAAAAUCAUGCAUGCGGCUUUCUCAAGCUAUAAAUUGUACACUGUUAAUUUUUUCAUAAAUCUGGUUGCUGUUGCAAUUUAAAAUAUUUAUAACAGUUUUAAUUUAUAUGAGUUUUAUUUAUUAGUAGCUACUUUACUAUUCAUUAAAAAACAUAUGAUAUUAUUUAGAAACUUUUUUUAAAUUAGUCAUUAGAUUUGUUAUGUUUUUGGCAGAAUUUUGAUUGUCUGCCAUUUUUAACUUCAUUGAAUGUUUUUCAUGCCUCAUUUGUUUAUAAACUUAUUUACUCUGUAAUAAAUUUAUUAAAGAAUUUUUAAUAUAAGAUCGCACUGAAUAUAAGACUGAAUUUUUAUGCUUUAGCAUUUCGAAGUUAAAAUUUUAUUUUGGAAAUUCUGAAUUCUUAAAUAUGUCUAGAUUUUAAGUGCAAAAGUAAAUGAGCAUUGAUAAAUUACUUAAAAAUGAAAUAUUUUUUAAAUAUUUUAUUCUGAUAUGAAACAUAAAAAUAAAAUCUUGGAUUAUAUCAUAAAAAUAUCUGUAAUAUUAAAGAAAGGUAAUGUAUAUUAACUAGAAAGCUGAUUAUGUAUAUUUAAUGGAACAUAAUUUAUUUACAUUACUAAAAAAUCCUAAUUGUAGUGAAAUAUUUUGUAAUCUAUAAUUAUCAUUAAAAAUUAAGGAAAGAAAUCUUUGCUGAUAUGUGAAAGUAAUUGCUUCACUGAAUGAAGUUAUAUUCCCCUUUGAAUUUGAUUUAAGUUAUACCUUAUAAAACAAUAAUGAAAAAUUAUACACCUUCGAGUUUGAAUUUUAUUGCCUUAAUAAUAUUUAAAAUUUUUCCAUUUCAGGUAGAAUAUGUUCAAUGAAUAUGUUUCUUUAAAAGUUUGGGUGUUAGAUUUUUGAAGAAAAUAUGUGAAUACUGCAUAAAAAUAGUAAAAAACAGUUUUUGUUAUUGAAUGAAAUACAGGAGAUUUCAUAGAAAUUGAAGAAAUCUUCAAAAACAGUUAUACUUUUUUCGUGAGAUUUUAUAAGUAUUUGUAUAAAAAGCACAAAUUAUUGAUUUACGGCUGAUUGAGCAGCCAAAUUCCGAGGGAUAAAUAUUACAAAAUAUAUAAUGAUAGAACUUGAAAGAAUAUUAUAACUAAACUUAUAAAUAUCAAUAGAACUAGCAAAAGUAUAAAAUAUUUGUCCUUUCAAGGUUGUAUAUUACUUAGUAAAGUAAUUGUACGUGCAAAUAAUUUUUGUAGUCAUGUUUUCCAUCUUUAAAUAUUAUGUCAAAAAAUAUCACAGUAUUUGCAUCUGAAAUAUGGCAUACAAAUUUAUUGAAAAAAAAAUUUUAAUAAAAGAUACAAAUGUGACUUACAACAUUAAACGCAACUGUGGUACAUUUUUAGUAUGAGAUAGUAAUGUAUCUAAAAUAUGCAUUUAAAAUACAUGUAUUUCUAAUAUUGCCCAGCUCUGAUCUACAGAUAUUUAUUUCUUUGUAACAAAUAAAUUGUUUUCUCUCUUAA